GUAUUCAUUCAUUAUUUAUUGAACCGAAGAAGAUUGCGUAAUUAAGUGUUAAAGUUAUGUAUCCAAGAGGUCCCACCCAAUCUAUAUUACCACUUAAUCCUAACCUCAAAAAUGUGUUCAAGACAAUAAUUCAAAAACAGUUUUUAAAAUACGACUGCACAUUUCGCCAAAAGUUCAAAAAUCUGCAGGAUAUUAACAGACGAUUCCAGGAUAUUAUUAAAACAAGACAAUUUUAUAAAAUAUUUUUAGAAAAUAAUGCAGCUAGGAGUAACAGAAGGGAUGUUUUUAAAGUCUGGGUGCAUCACUGCGAGUGUGUUCUGGCUCAAAGAAUGCGAAGGUGCCAACAAAUGUUUACGUUAUAUUCAAAGUGGUGGGAAAAAAAGGCUUUCGAAGAAUUGAUAAAGAAAAUGAGACAAAAUAUUGCAAAAAGAACUAAGGAUUUUGCUCUAGGUACAGUAGGUAUAUCGGCAUAUAACUGGGACAAAUAUAGGAUCCAAGAUGAAGAAAUUCGAAAAAACGAACAAGAAUUUGAGUAUGUAAAAAUUUUAAAAGAGAGCACUAUUUGCCUAGCUUGCGACACAACGAAAACACCGAACAGCACCACCUCACAUAUAUGCGAAUGCGGACACACUCAAAUCCCAAAAACCUAUGAUGAUUGGGUGUUAUUUAUCGAAAAACCGGAUCUGGUAAUUUGGAGAAGACUUCAUCAUUCUGGAUCAGGUCAAUACGAAUAUAAAGUGUAUGGGUCUUACAAUGAUGUGUCAGCCGAGGAUUUUUUGAACGUUCAAGUCGAUAUUGACUAUAGGAGGAAGUGGGACACAAGUGCAGUCAUUCUUGAACAUGCAGAGUCUGAUCCUUUAGAGAAUUCAAACAGUGAUGUCAUUUACUGGGAACUUUUAUGGCCUAGACUGUUUGUGAAUCGAGAUUACGUCUUCAAUAGACGUUACUUGGUAGACAACACAUUGAACACUAUAUUCAUCCUAAACCGCAGUACCGAACACCCAAAGUUUCCAAAAUACGCAGAAAAGUAUCGGAUCGACGACUAUUGGUCGUGUAUGGUAAUCAAACCGUACGACGGAGAUAUGACAACGCCCGGAAUACAGUUCGUCUUGACCUACUACGACAACCCAGGCGUGAGCAUACCGUCCUCGGUAACAACUUGGGUCGCCAUGCGUGCCAUGCCUGAGUUUUUAGAGAAACUCAGAGAAGCUACGAAACAUUAUAAAAACUACUGUUUAAAAGAAGGUACAACGAAAGCGUGUAAUGCCGUUAUCGCAGCAGAGAGAGCGGCGGAAGCACAAAGACAGAAAGACAGAUUGGAUUACUGCAGUUACUUCAGAGAAGUUAAGAGUAUAUUAAUACCAGAAAACGAGGAGCCAGAUUCGAGAGGGAAGGAAAACCCUUCAGGUAAUAUUAAAGAUACCGAUAGUAGUGAAGUCAGUAGCGUACAGCACAAUUCAACUAAACGUGAUAGUCCGUACAAUUAUUUGAAUCCUUUGUAUUAUUUCUUUCAGUAAUUCAACAAUAAAGUAGUCGAUUUUUAAGAGACUGUAAUAUUUUGUAUCGUCUGAGGACGAAAAUAUAAAGAGUGAAAGUAUUGGGGGCUAGUAAAGAAGCUAAAACUUUAAUUUCAUAUAGCAAUAUUAUCUCCCAUUACGAUUUUUGGUCUAAUGAUCGCAUUUUUUUAUUUUAAUUUAGUUUACGUAAGAAAGUUUUAUUUAUUUAUUUAUUUAGUAUACUUUGUUGAGUUAAGCCUCGAACCAUUUGAUAUUUCAUCAUUUGUUAAUCCGUAAUCUAUUUUAACACCGAGCACGCGCAAAGCUUACUAAUCUAAUUUUCAGUGUCAAAGUGAUGUUGUUUUCACAUAAGAUUUUCUUCAUCUUAAAAAAUGCAGCUCUAGCCUUCGCUAUACGUAUUGUAAUUUCUUUGCUCAUGUUCCAGUUUCAUUUAGAUCACCACCAAGAUAAUUGAUACUGUUGGUUCUCUUCAGUUUUUCUCCUUAAUUGAUACCUUAUUUCUAUUUUACUGAAAACCAUCACCUCUGUCGUUGUGGUGUUUAACUUCCGUCCAUAUUCAUUACACGCUGUGGUGAUCCUAUUAAUUAGAUGUUAAAGUUCUUCGUAACUUCGUUAUCAAUACUAAUGGCAUUAAUUCUGAUACCACAUUGAACACUGUCCAAUGCUUUAUUGAAAACGAAGUUCAAAGAUGGUAAAUAUUAGAGGAAGCAAAAUGUAGCCAUGUCUUACUCUUCUUCGUAUUUGAAGCUCUUUACAAUUAUGCAAGCCAAUCCUGAUGUUUGCAUCUUGAUGCCAUGAAAAGAUUUUUAAUGCUGCGUAGAUCUUUAAAAUCAAUACGUACCUGAUGAAAUAUUUUGAUUAUUUGUCGCAGUACGUAGCUUGGUUUAAAAGAGACAUUAAUUCAUCUUGGACUAUCUCGUUGUUUAGGUGAAAACAGGUUACUGCAAUAUACUUCAACACUAAUACUAAGACUAUAUUAUACCGAUACUAUACCCUCUUUAUAUCCAAAUACAUUAAAAAACUUCAAGAAGAACUUUUUAAUUUAAAAUCUGUAAUUCAUUAGCAAAAUUAUAGCCACUCUGUAUAUUUUCCAAUUUAGACUGAAGUGUUUUUAACAACAAACGUUUUAUACCAGUGUUAUCUAAGUUUAUGAUUAUUAAAUGAUCGUCUGUUUCU